AUGCCGUCACCCUUUCAACAAACUUUGUUGGCCCGCGCCUACCACUACGUGCAUCCGAAGACUGGUCGACCCAUUAGACAGUUUCGUCGCUAUGGCGAUCCGCGUUAUAUCAAUAACGAAGCGGCACUGAUUCGCGGGCAAUGGGGCCUCAUAACUGCGGAUUUCGGUAUGGUCACGCAGUCGCAGAUGGAGAAUGCACGUCUUGCAAUCCUCCGUCGUCUACCCCGCGGGAGCUUCACACUCACAAUGCACACCGAUUACGAGGAGUUUCCGGUUGUGAAAAAGAGCCCAGAAAGUCGUAUGGGUGCUGGUAAGGCGAACAUUCAUCAUUUCGCGUUCAAGUUCACGACAGGGGUGCCGCUAUUUGAGAUCAUGCCGAUAUCCGCCCGCCGUCUCAAUCAGGCGGAAGCGGAGGGCAUAUUUUUGGCAGGGAGACCGUUCAUACCGCUUCAGACGGUUGUGGUGCCACAAGGUCGCGUUGAUGAGUAUCAUGUCUUCAAGUAA